ACUAGGGGAGGGGAACCGGCCUGAGGGGCUGCGUGCGGAGGCGGGUGGUGCAGCCUGGAGCAUCCCGCCGCUGGAGCUUCGGGGGACCCUGGACCCCUCCCACGCCGAGCCAGAUCCAGGUGUACGCUGAGCCUGAAGCCAGAAGGCCCCCACCCCAAGAAGCUGAGGCACCUCAUCCUCCCAUCUGAACAAGAGGGGGAUCUGGAAAAAGCCAUCUCAGCAGCUCAUCGGGAUGCUAUAGAAAGAAGCAGCAGCUCAAAGCCACUGGCUGACAGCCAAUUCCCCCUCCUUUCAGAAGGAAGGAAGAAGCAAAACCCCUCUACCAAAGAUGACACUCAACACUGGGCAGGAAGCAAAGACCCCUCUGUGCCGGCGAGCCCGCACCCCACUGCCCCUGUCCCCACGGGGCCGCCAGCCUGGCCUCCUGAGCACAGCGCCUUCAGCUCAAUCCCAGCAUCCCCGGUUGGGCCAAUCAGCCUCCCUCAAUCCUCCCACCCAGAAGCUUUCCCCUGCCCCAGAUGAUUGGUCUUCUGAAUCCAGUGACUCUGAAGGCUCCUGGGAGGCCCUCUACCGUGUGGUGCUAGUUGGAGAUCCUGGAGUGGGGAAGACCAGCCUGGCCAGCCUCUUUGCAGGGAAGCAAGAGAAGGACCUCCAUGAACAGCUGGGAGAAGGUGUAUAUGAGAGGACCCUCACGGUGGAUGGAGAAGACACCACAUUGCUGGUCGUGGACACCUGGGAGGCUGAGAAACUGGAUAAAAGCUGGAGCGGGGAGUCAUGCCUGCAGGGGGGCUGUGCCUACAUCAUCGUAUACUCCAUCGCAGACCGAGGCAGCUUUGAGAGUGCCUCUGAACUCCGUAUCCAGCUGCGGCGCACAUAUCAGGCAAACCAUGUGCCCAUCAUCCUCGUGGGCAACAAGGCGGACUUGGCCCGCUGCCGAGAAGUCUCCGUAGAAGAGGGCCGCGCCUGCGCUGUGGUGUUCGACUGUAAAUUCAUCGAGACGUCAGCCACGCUGCAGCACAACGUGGCGGAGCUCUUCGAGGGCGUAGUGCGCCAGCUGCGGCUGCGCCGCCAGGACUGUGUGGCCGAGGAGUCCCCAGCACCACGACGGCGAGCCAGCCUAGCCCAGCGCGCUCGUCGCUUCCUGGCACGCCUGACAGCCCGCAGCGCACGCCGCCGGGCACUCAAGGCCCGCUCCAAGUCCUGCCACAAUCUGGCCGUGCUCUGAAGCCGCCCGCUCUUCUGAGGGUUGACAGGUCACUGAGGUGCAUUCCGGGCUCCACGGACGCCGCUGAGGGGCAAAAGCGCCGCUACCUGGAGUCUGCAUCGUGGGUCUUGCUUACCCGCUGCCCUGAUGGCCUGAGCAUCCCCCAGAUCCAAGCCUGAGAGACCCCAAGGAAGCAAUGGACCGAAGCCCUAUGCAGGGCACAACAUAGUUUUUACCUGGUGGGUGUCCUUUUGUAAAAAAGUCUUCCUUGUGCCUGGGCUCUGGCCAACCCUUAGAAACCCUC